CUUUUUGAAAUGGUAUAAAUGCUACUUAUUAAGGGUAAUAAUUAUAUUUUAUUAUUGGCACAAUAUUAAAUAGAAUUAGUUGAAAAAAUGUCGGUAAAUGCGCCAAACCCUAAAGAAGUUCAGGAUUUCAAAUUUAUAUUGCACAGUAAAGUUAAAAUAUUUGAAAAAUGUGAAACGCCGUGUAAUAACACUUCCCUUUUAUGUGCUGCGAGUCGGUUUGGAUUAAUUUUCACUGCUUGUCAAAAUAUUGUUAAAGUUGUACAGCUAUCAGCUUUGGUACAAAACUCACCUAAAGAUAAAAAUGUUGCUGUUCGAAAACAAGAACUCCCUGGGCAUGUAACUUAUCUUGCUGUGAAUUGUGAUCAUACAGUUUUGUCCAUAGUGUUAACUUCUAAUGGAAACUUUAUAUUACAAUUUUAUGAUGUUACUUCAUAUUAUAAACAGACGAUAGUGUUAGUUAGCGAAGUAAGGCUACCCAGCCCUUUGUUACAAAUGUCAUGGAAUCCCUGUAUAGCAAAUGUAGUAGCUGCUACUUUAGAAAAUGGCACAUUGUGGUCCUGUGAAUUUGGUAAUGGCCCGAAAAUAAAUUCAACAGAAAAUGAUGUGCAAGCUUUAUCAUUAUCAUGGAGCCCGAAGGGAAAACAAAUUGUCAUUGGGACAAAAUCUGGCACAUUAUGCCAAUUCAAACCAGAUUUGAAGCCUGUAAAAACUAUCAGUGUAUCCGAUAUGAAAGGCUCCAUAAUUUCUGUUCAAUGGCUGAGCAAUGAUCAGUUUGCAGCUACAUUUCUUGAUUCUUCAGAUCCUAAAAAUCCACCUAAUGUAGUUAUAAUAAAUGCUUCAAAAUCUGGACAGAUUUAUAGUAUAAAUUAUGAUGAAGUUUGUUAUAGCUCAAGAAAUUGCACUCCAAAAUCAAUUUAUUUUAUACAUCAGCAAUCAUGGUCACUUUUGUUUGUACUUUCUGUGAAUAGUAUUGAAGUUGGUUUAUUAGCGGGUAUUAUUGCGCAAGAUGUUUGUAAUUGGGAACAAUGGUUUUUGGCGGAUGAUGCUAGAGCAGAACUUCCAUUAGUUGGAAGAUAUGAAUCCUUCAUGUGCGGUUAUGCUCUUGAUACUGGAAGCACUAAACAAAUUACUAUCGGUAAUAAUAAAACUUUACAACCAAUGCCAAUGUUACAUUUACUUACGGAUCAUGGUUUCCUAAUCAGUUUUGACGCCUUGAAUUUAAAAAAUGAUGCACCCUGUAUAUGCUCUCCUCCUGAACCUAUAAAAGAUGGCAGUGGUCUAUCUUCAUUCAUCAUUGAAAGCUCUACAGAAACACCAAACGCAAACACUCAAACAGCAACACAAGCUACUGCAGUUACUUCUCCUUCCAAAAAUGAGAAUUUGUUUACAAGCUCAGUUCCCAACCAAGAGCUAAAACCAAAUAUGACUGUGCAUUCCAGUGAAGAUUUUUCGUUUAUGAUUAAUAAUCCUGCAAUUACAUCCACACCAGCUAAGUCUAUUAAUACUUUGAAUCAGGAGCAUAAGGAAAAAUUAGCACUUUCAUUAUCUGUAAAGGCAAAUUUAGUAAUGGAUAAAACAAUAGGUUCGAAACCUCCAAUAGAAUCAAAACAGAGCUUAACAACACAAACUUUGUGCUCAAAAACAGAUGAUCAUGCUUUUAAUUUUACUGCAACAUCUCAAAAUCAAUUAAAAAUUGAAAAAUGUACAACAUUACAACCCAUAAAUCAAACAGCAGGAAGUACUCAAGAUGCUGUUUCCAGCCUGGAAAAGAAAUCAGAUGAAUUGGAGAAUUCAAAUGUGGAUGAAGACAGUGAGGAAAUUGAUGAAGAAUUUCUUAAUCUGCUUCAAUUAGAAGCCUUCCAUUGUGUUGAAGAGUUACAAGACCUUUUACUAUACUUUAGAAAUAUAGACAAUUAAAUGAAUUUUAUUUGAAUAUAUUUUCUAUACUUUUCAUUUAAAUAAUUUUAAAUGAUUAUUAA